UUUAAAUUUGAGUAUAUUACGGGUUUAAGCAAAUCAAUACGGUUUAGUUGACGCUGUAAGCACAACACCUAAACCCUAAAAUAAAACUAAUAUCAAAUUAGCACAUAAUGACGGCACCCAAUAUACGUCCGCUACCCGAACAUCUACAAAAGAUCGCUAUCGAAGAGUUGAAUGAGCGACCCGAGCGUUUGGCCGCGGAUCUACAGGCGUUAAAGACCUGGGCCAUACAGGAGCCACAUUUAAAUGUGCGACUCGAGGAUCAGCUGUUGGUGGCAUUCCUGCGCGGUUGCAAGUUCAGUUUAGAGAAGACGAAAUCGAAAUUGGAUUGGUUCUAUACGUUGAAAACAAAAUAUCCGGAUUAUUACACGGUACAAGAUCUGGAUGCGCCGAAUAUGAUGGAACUCUUAGAAUAUGGAACACCUUUAGCACUGCCUAUACCGUUACGCGAGACUGGACCGCGCAUUGUAUUUGUUUGCGCUGGCAUUUAUCCAACCGAUAAAUAUACGUUUAAGGAUAUAAUUCCCAUAUCGUAUGCCCAACAGGAGCUAUGGAUACGCGAGGAUGACAAUGCAAUUGUGAAUGGUUUUAUUGAUCUUGUAGACGUUUCUCGCAUAACCCCUGCACAUAUUGCACAUCAUACACCGAGUCUGAUGAAGAAAAUCGUAGUACAUGCCGAGAAAGCCAUACCAUUGCGUCAACGCGCAACACAUUUUAUUAAUUUACCGUCGGGUUUUGAAACACUCUUCAAAAUGAUAAAACCCAUGCUACCAGCCAAACAGCAGGAUCGUAUUUUCAUGCAUGGCACCAAUUUGGAGUCACUAUAUCCACAUAUACCACAAAAAUAUUUGCCGAAAGAAUAUGGCGGUGAAAAUGGCAGCAUCGAGGAACUAAAGAAGGACUCAAUAAAAUACUUUCUGGAUCACCGUGAUUAUUUCAUAGAGGAUCUGCAAUUUCGAAAUAAUGAGAGUCUACGUGUUGGUAAACAACCGGAUUUUGAGAGCAUAUUUGGUAUGGAAGGUUCAUUUCGAAAACUCGAUGUGGACUAAUUGUCUACUAUUCAAAUAUGGUUUGAAGGGUAAAGUUAAGGCUUUGAAAUUAAAUAUAUAUCAAUAGUUAAGGUUUGUUAGAUUUCAGUUUUGGAACACAGAGGUUAAUAAAGAAUACUUUAAAAACAAUAAUUAUGACGAUACUUAACUCAAUAGCAACAGAUUACAACAUAUAAAAUAGUACAACAAAAAAUAUUAUAUAUUUUUUCUCUUUUUACGAGCCCAGGAUCUACAGGUGUUAAAGAGCUGAGUCGAGUAGCCUGGAAGUUCAUUUUAGAAAUUUAGUGACUUUGUUAAAAAUAAACGAAAUAAACAGAUUUAUACACAAACACUAAAUGCUAAUGAGUAAAGAUAGACACCUAGUCGGCAAAAGGUUCUAAUUAUAUAUAGAUCCACAUCUCGCGCUCAAUAAAAUAUACGAACAAAUUUAAUUUUUAAUUUUAUAAUUUAUAUGAAAUCCAUUAUGCACGCGUAUAUGUAUUGAGUUAAUGCUGAAUCAGUUUAGAGAUUCAACACAACUCCUAGCUAUUAUUGUUCUUUCUUAAAUAUAUGCAAAAUAAAUUUGAAUUUAUGAAAUCUAUGACAAUGUAAGAAAAUUGUGCGCUUUUGAUACAACUUCGGAUGUUCUUCACUAAUAUUACAGCUAAAACAUAACACAAGCAGACAUCAGUAGCAUUGAAGAUCAUCUACAGUUCAGAUGCUCUUAGGCGCGUUAUCACCAGUUUAAGAGCUCUUUUGAGUGAU